GUUGAUGUUCACUCAGUUCCUGCUUGUUUGGUCUGUUGGUCUGGUGUGUUGUUUUCUUGCGGGCAAUAUCAACCAUGACAAAGAUCACGAGUGGACAAACUAGAACAAAACCAGGUAAAUUAAGGCUUUCCAGCUGUGUAUUCCCCAGUGCGCAUACGUGGUGGACAGCGGAGCGACUUAUUUCUUGCAAGGAAGUAUUUUUCACCACACCGCCCGUGUUAUGAUCAGGGGUUGUAGAUGUACGACAAUUAAUGCUCUUCUUUCUCAGGUCCUCCCUGGUUCUUAUUUACACUUACAUACUUCCUUUUCUAUUUUCUUUUCCUUUGUUUUGUUCAUUUUUGCUCACCUGGUUUAUUCAAAUGGUUUACUUUGGUCUUAUCUUUUUGCAUAUCCGUUUUCUGUGUUUUGUUUAUUUUCUACUAUUGCACUUGUUACUUUCAUUUCUCUAUUACUGCUGAGUUCUUUUUUUCCAACAUUGCAUCAAAAAUGUUUUAGUGAAUGGUAGUAGGUUCAUGUGGAUGGUUUGGAGGUAAACAAACGGCCAGCCAACGCAGGUAAACAGCCCCGCCGCUGCCCUGCCCUGCCUUGCCCUGCCCUGCCCUGCCCUGACGCCCACGACACAGAUAAAAAUAUGAGCUCUGGACAGGAGCAAAGGGAAGUGAAGGAGGGAGGUGAUGGCAGCACACAGGACUACCAGGAGAAGGCAAGAGUACGCAGGAGCAAGAAGCCAGAGAUCCAGCUGUAUCGCCCUGGUGCCCUCCGCAGCCUACGCUCCUCCACUUCUGGGGACCUGCCCCCUCACAGCCCUGACAGCCAGGCCUCCAAGCCCGACACCCAGGGAGAGGCCAGUGACGGUGGACAGAAGAGUGAUGGGGUAAAGAGAAUGUCUACAAAGGGAAGAAGAGAGAAAAAGAACGUGAAGGAGGGUGUAGGUGCAAGGGGGAAUGAUAGAGGGGAGAAGGGGAAGAGAAAUCAAAAGGAAGUUGAUAGGGUCCUCCCAUCCAGGGAAGGUGAUGCUGUCACUACAGAGACACACUCCCCUGUCAAAAGUGAGGAAAGGCUCCUUGGCAGCAGGUUACAGAAGGAGCCUUUCCAGUCUAACUCUGAUAACAACAUUGCUGCCAGUGAUGUUAUUCCCACUAAGAAAAUUUCCCCCUCGCAGCACACUGAGGAGGCAAGCUUUAGGCCUGAGUCUACCAAAGAGAAUAAUGUGAGGACAUCUGAGGAGAGAACCAUCCCAGCCUCCCCUGAUGAUAGAGGCAGUGGAAGAGCGAGCACGCUGCCUGCCACCCACACACACCCUGAAGGCAGUGAGAGAAGCCCGUCCACGAAAACAAGCCCAGACAAUCCUUUUAAUAGACAAUAUGGCAAAAACUUAUCAAAUCAAAAGGAGAGAAGAGUUCCAGAAAGAAAGCCUCAGAGGAAAGGGAGAGAGGAAACAAAGCAAGGAAAGAUUUCAGAGAAGUCAUGGAUUGAAGAGGCCCAGUCAGAGAAAAACUUCCUUGACAAGCACAGUGACCCCAACGUCAGUAAAAGCUCGGCACCUCAGCACGGACGGCCCAGAAACAACAGAGGCAGCAAGGAGUACUAUGCAAGGAUGCCAGAGACUGAGCACUUUAGAAGAAACCAAAGAAAUGUUUUGGAGAGGCCUAACACUUAUGGACAAAAGUCAGAUACUGAGAAGUCGCCAGGCAUUACAGAAGUAGCCCAGAUGCAAGAGGCAAAAGGAAAAGGCAGUUAUGGAAAGGCAGUGGAAGCUGAAGGGAAGCUUGGAGGGUCUCGUUACAAUAACAAAAAUAACAAGUCACAUUCAGAGUGGACCAGGUCAGAAAGUUACAAUGAAGACUGGGAGAAAGAAUUAUGCAAGAAGCCCCAACCAAGGAGAGAAAACCCGAGGGGCAUCAAGGGGCUUCAGAAAAUGCAGGAAAAGACAGAUGCCGAAGCACUGCCGGAUGUUGAAAGCUUAAAACUACAGGACAAUAGUUCACAGAGUGUGCAGAGACUGGCAGCCAAGGUUGACCAGUUGGUUGUCAGCAAGAACACAAGCAAGUCACCCAACUCCAAGAAAAAGGGUCAGGGUUGGGCAGAGAACCAAAGAGAAAUCAGGAAUUAUCUUCAACCAGACUCUAAGAAAGGAACAUGGUUGGAAGAUCAGUCCUCUGCCAGUCUCUUAGAAUCCCCCGAUAAGCAUAAGGCAGGGAACAAAGGUGAGAACAAGGCUGCUGCAGCUAGUAAUACAGCACCGAAGGAAAAUGAAAAGACCCCAAGAGCUAAGAGUUACUCCAGUGCCAGAGAAAGCAGAAGAAAGAGAGGGAACAGCAAAACUCAGACCCAAGGGAAUGCUGUGUCCAACCAUAGUGAGGAACUGAAUAUUGAAGUCACUGUGAACAAGGACACUAAUGAAAGGGUUGCUCACUUCCCCCAGAAAAACGAAGCAGAUUUAGGUGAGCUAGGGAAGCGAGGGGCUCUGGAGACCACUAGUAGAAAAACUGAUGAGGGUCCAGUACACCAGCGAGGAACUCCUGAGGCUCCCAGCAGCAGAAAGACCAAUGAAGGGGGUCCUGUACACCAGCGAGGGGCUCCGGAGACUCCUAGCAGUAGAAAGACUGAUGAGGUUCCAUUACACCAGCAGAAAGGAACAAUUUAUAUCAAGAACAAGUCUCCAAGGUUCAACAGAUCGUCCGAAGAAAAACACACUCACAGGAGGUAUGGCAGUGAAGAUGAAGGUGUGGAAAACUUGAAUCUGACUGAUGCCGAGGAUGAUGAUUGGGGCCGAGAGGUGGACAAAGAUGUCUCGUGGUGUAACCAGUCCGAGGGCAAGGGCAGACUCCAAACGUGGGAAGAUGAAAAGCUGUCUUGGAGGACCAGGAGAGUAAAGCGCUACUCAGAAGGAGAGGAUUCUUACCCCCCCAGAGUUGAGAGUCCUGGUCGCAGGGGCGGGCUAAUGCAGCUACCGACAACCACCUCAGAGAGUCUCGCCCCUGAGCCUGCAGUCCAUCGCCAGUCUGUCACACCACCAGUAGUCAUACAGAAGCAUCUUUACAACCCCAACAACCCAAGCAAACCCGAGGCGGUGGUGCCCAGUGCCCGGGACCUGCCAGUGACCCGCGAGUCUCAGCGAGUUGCCAGCUGGGGCAGCCCGGGGGAGGGUGCAGGUGGUUCGUCCUUCCCACACGGGGGACAGGCCAGUGAGUACCAUUUGGAGGGGGGAAGCAGCACCAAGGUGGACCCUAGUCUUCUAUACAACAUCAGUAAGGGGGAGAUGGAUAUUAAUUACUACGUCAGCAGUAAUCAGCUGCCCGUGGAGUUCAGGCGCAUCAUGGACAUUCGGAGCCACCUGCAGGGGUGCUACCGGCAGCUCCUCCUGACUGACAUCCGGUUGUGUCAGAAGAAAAACAUCGAGGGCAGCCUGUGGAAGACCCUCUACUACACCAUCAUCGAGAAGCUGCGGGAGUACAUCAGCCGGGAGCCAAGUCUGAAGGCGCGCAGCCAGGCCACGCUGCUCAUGCUGGUGGACGAGGGGCUGUGCUACCUCCAGGACCUGCUUGAGGCCCUGCAGCAGGAGUACGGCUUCACCCUGGAGGACUACCUGGAGGAGGAUGGGGAGGUGCGAGGGCGGGUGAGGGUUGCGCUGCUCUCAGCCCAGAAGCUGCUGCUGGCGCUGGGGGACCUGGCACGCUACAGGGAGUACAACAACGCCACGCCCAACUACAUGGAGGCAAAGAAGUGGUACCAGAUGGCCCUCCAGGUGUACCCAAGGAAUGGCCGCCCCUUCAACCAGCUGGCCAUCCUUGCCUUCUGUCAGAAACGGCCGCUGGAUAUUGUGUACUACUACAUCCGCUCCCUCACCGCCUCCAAUCCGAUCAUCUCGGCCCGGGAUUCUCUUGUGGCCAUGUUUGAUGACAUCAGGAAGAGGUAUGUGUCGGCCCAGCGGUCAGAGCCACACCUUGAGGGCUCGAGGAGCACGCUGGGGGUGAAUAAUCCUGAGGGGCUGCGGCAGGAGAUCUGGAUCCGGCCAGACUCGGGAGCCACCUAUUGCCGCACGCUGUCCAGCUCCAACAAUGAGGAUGAUGAUGACAAGGACACAGAGCUGAAGAAGAUGUCAAUGGACCAGUUGAUGAAACAGUUCCUGGCCAGCUACUUGCACUGCCACGGGAUGCUGUUCUCCGGGGUGGGGCUGGAUGGCUUCAGGGAAUGCUGCGUCAAGAUGCUGCGGGAGUUCUCAGUGCUGCUGCGAUCCCCCACCCUCCGCCUCUCCACCACCCACCUCCUGCAGAUCAUGGUCAUCAACAUGUACGCCAUCACCAACACCGAGCUGAAGGACGUACCAGUGGACGGCAGCGGGUACCGGUCGGCCGCACAGGAGCUGGCCCUCGUGCUGGCCCAGGAGAUGAUGGGCCAGGUGGUACGAGCGGUGGUGGAGCUGAUGGCCCACCACGUGCACCACCACCCCCCGCCACCACUAGCCGCACCCUCCACCACUGGCACCGCUACGCCCACCACCGCCGCCUCCUCUCCGCCCAAAGACUCAGCAGCCUCCACCACCCCCGCCAAUGACCAAAGGCUCUUCUCCUCUGCUUUGGCUAACCUCAUCCCUCCACUCAAGGCCUGGUGUGACUGGCUUCUCUACCACAGCAAUGUCUGGAACCCACCACCUCCCGCCGCCCGCGACUAUGCUGUGAACGAACGGGAGGACACGUGGGCCAGUGUCGCCGAGUUGGCCACGAUCUUGCGGGGCUUCCCUUCUCCUGACGUGCCCCUGACGCAGGUGACCGCCGGUACUCCCACGCCCCCCGGGGACCUGCUGCCCCUUAGACUCACGGAGGACACCUUCCUGAGGGGGUACAAGCCGCUCCUCUCCGCCCACGCCUCCCUCACCUACGUCCCGGCCUCGGCCCUCAUGGGUCGGGCACGGGACUGGGCGCGCGUGGCCAGGCUGCAGACGGUCCUGUGUCAGUUCCUGUGCGGCGUAGAUCCCCCCGUGUUGCGGCUGCAGAAGACAGAUAGAGGGGACGUGCUGGUGUCGGUGGUGGACACGUCGCCGCCCCCCUCACCCGUCACCGCCGCCGCCAUGGGGUCCUACAGCGGGUCAGAUGUGGAGGUUGAGGACUCCCUAAGCGAGAGUGAGACUUCGGAGGGCGGGGAGGAGGAACAGGAGGCGGAGGGGGGUGUGGAGGAGGACGGCCUCUCCUCCACCGUCAAGCUGCUGAAGAAGAGGAAGAAGAUGCUGGAGAAGAGGCACCGGCAGCAGAAGCGAUUACAUAGUCUCCUGGAGGGCUCCGUCACCCUGGAGAUGGAGGUUCGGCCCCGUUACCUCGUUCCUGAUACCAACUGCUUCAUUGAACACCUGGACGUGGUGCAAGACCUCGCCGGGGGGCCUUACACGGUGAUGGUGCCGCUUGUGGUACUGAAUGAGCUGGACGGGCUGUCGCGGGAGUCUGUGGUGGCCAAGUAUCGCUCGGUGGGCCACGCCGUGAGGGUGCGGGAAGGCGCCGCCACUGCCCUGCACUACCUCAGGACCUCCCGACCCCAGUCCAUCAAGUGCGUCACAUCGCAGGGCUCGGUGCUGUCCUCCACGCUCUUCACCUCCGAGAUGGACCUGCCCGACUCCACUAACGACGACAAAAUCCUCUCCUGUUGCGUCCACUUCUGCAGCGACUCCACCCAGAAGCGCCCCAUACGAGCCGGCGUGCGGCGGCUGUACCGGGAGGUAGUGCUACUGACGGAAGACCGCAACCUCCGGGUGAAGGCCCACGCCCACGACGUGCCCGUUAGGGACCUGUUGGACUUCGCUCGGUGGGCGGGCGUGAGGUGAGGGCGGCGCGGGCUGUCCACUGCUAGCUGCCCGUCGCUGCCUUUGCCACCCAGCGCCGCCUAGGACCCUCCCACGCAAAGGGAGGAGAGGGAGGGAGGGGGGAAGGAAGGGGAGGGGCGAAGAAGGGAGUGCUAACCCUUGACUAGCCCCCCUCACCCCCCACACAUCUUGAGGGACCAGCACACUCAGGUCACCCUCCCAGCGCACCUUUGCCGCCUCCAUCGCCGCCGCCGCCGCCGCCGCCAGCAGGGGUAGGUCGGCCGCCACCUGAUUCAGAGGAAAGCCGAUUUUACUAAUGUAUAUUUUUGAAAUUUUAUUUUACUUUUUUGGAGAAUCUUCUUUAUUUGCCUUUUUUUAGUGUUUCGGAAAUGCAGAGAGGAAAAAAAAAAUGCAUUGUUCAGACGGGACUUAGAGAGAGAGAGAGAGAGAGAGAGAGAGAGAGAGAGAGAGAGAGAGAGAGAGCGCUUGCGUGUGCGCGUGCGUGCGUGUAUCGGCUGAUCGUGACGCAGACAUCCAAAUGCAGUUCAGUACUUAAUUUUCAUUUUCUCGUCCCGGUUUCGGCCUCCACCAAUUAUUUAUUCCCCGCCGUCACCCGCGCCGCCAGAAACGCCAGAUGAACGUUGACUUAAGUGCAUUGUUUGGGAAGGGAAAGGAAAUAAAUAUAGCUGGAAUAUAUUUUUUUAUGUCGCAAAUAAAGUACCUAAUCGUUUUUUUAUUUUCGUCUUGGCUAAUUAGAAGAAAAAAAUCGGUCCAGAGCUAUCUCUCUACAUAUAUUAUGUGGUAAUAUUUGUAUAUUGUAGUUUGAUGAAUAAAAUGUUAAUGUUUUA